UGUCCGGUAAUCGUUUGCUUCGGGGUGAAUGUCAAUUUUUUGGCCUGCAACACGUGCGCGCUUUAUUUUAUUUGGAAAUUCUGUUUUUAACCACUAAAGUGUAUUAUAAAGCAAUUUAAUCAUUAUGUCGAUCCGAGAAAAGUUGCUGAUGAAAAAGAUAGUGAAGCGGGAAAAGAUGAAGAAGGAGCUGUCGCAGAAGAAGGGGAAAAACAAGCCCCAGGUCCAAGAGCCACCAAAACAAAAUGGAAUUAAACCAAGUAAAAAACAGCAUAAGCCAAUCAAAAAACAUGUGGAGGCGGAUGAUGACGACGAUUUAGAGGAAGAUUUCCAGGAGGCACCGCUGCCCAAGAAGAAGCAACAAAAAAAUCCACCCAAGAAGCAACAAAUUCAGGUGGCCAACUCAGAUUCAGAUUCCGAUGAAGAUGAUGAUGAAGAGGAUGACGAAGAUGUGGAGGAAGAUAACGAAGUGGAUGAAGAGGAUGGGGCCAGUGGCAGUGAAGAAGAUGAGCAGGAGGAAGAUGAAGCUGAAGAUGAGCCUGUGCCGGCCAAGAAAACGAAGCUGUUGCCGAACAAGUCUAAGCCACAGAAUGGCAAGCCUUUGAAAGAUGAUGAGCCCUUUACCGUGGAAUCCUCUCUGGCUGCUUUGGACUACCGGGACUCGGACGAUCGCAGCUUUGCCUCCUUAAAAGGUGCUGUUUCCGAGGCCACAUUGCGUGCCGUGAAAGAGAUGGGAUUCACUGAGAUGACGGAAAUACAGGCGAAAUCACUGACACCUCUGCUAAAAGGACGGGAUCUGGUGGGUGCUGCCCAGACGGGUUCCGGUAAAACGUUGGCCUUCCUGAUUCCCGCCGUCGAACUGAUAAACAAGCUGCGAUUUAUGCCGCGAAAUGGUACUGGCGUUAUCAUCAUCUCACCCACGCGAGAGUUAUCUAUGCAGACAUUCGGCGUGCUGAAGGAGCUGAUGGCACACCACCAUCACACUUACGGCCUGGUUAUGGGUGGCUCCAAUCGCCAGGUGGAGAGUGAAAAGCUGGGCAAGGGCAUCAACAUUUUGGUGGCUACACCGGGUCGUCUACUGGAUCACUUGCAGAACUCACCCGACUUUUUGUAUAAGAACCUGCAGUGCCUGAUUAUUGACGAAGUGGAUCGGAUAUUGGAGAUAGGUUUCGAGGAGGAGCUUAAGCAAAUCAUCAACUUGCUUCCAAAACGCCGCCAGACAAUGCUGUUUUCGGCCACGCAGACUGCUCGCAUUGAAGCCCUUUCUAAGCUGGCCCUCAAGUCGGAACCCAUUUAUGUGGGCGUUCAUGAUAACCAGGACACGGCGACUGUAGAUGGACUAGAGCAAGGCUAUAUCGUAUGCCCCUCGGAAAAGAGACUGCUCGUCCUUUUCACGUUCCUCAAGAAGAAUCGCAAGAAGAAGGUGAUGGUUUUCUUCUCGUCCUGCAUGUCCGUCAAGUACCACCACGAACUCUUUAACUACAUUGAUCUGCCAGUGACGUCAAUUCAUGGAAAACAAAAGCAGACGAAACGAACCACUACCUUCUUCCAGUUUUGCAAUGCCGAAUCGGGAAUUCUUUUAUGUACGGAUGUGGCGGCACGUGGAUUGGACAUUCCGCAGGUCGAUUGGAUCGUGCAGUACGAUCCUCCAGAUGAUCCGCGCGAGUAUAUUCACAGGGUGGGCCGAACUGCCAGAGGAUCGGGCACCUCUGGUCACGCCCUGCUCCUAAUGAGACCCGAGGAGUUGGGCUUCCUGCGCUACCUUAAGGCCGCUAAGGUGCCGCUCAACGAGUUUGAGUUCUCCUGGCAGAAAAUAGCUGAUAUUCAACUGCAGUUGGAGAAACUGAUCGCUAAGAACUACUUCCUCAACCAGUCGGCCAAAGAGGCAUUCAAGUCAUACGUGCGGGCGUACGACUCGCACCAGUUGAAGCAAAUCUUCAAUGUGAACACACUGGAUCUGCAGGCGGUAGCGAAGAGCUUUGGAUUCCUGGUGCCGCCCGUGGUUGACCUGAAGGUGGGAGCGGCUAAGCGAGAGCGACCUGAGAAACGGGUGGGCGGCGGUGGAUUUGGGUUCUACAAGCAAAUGAACGAGGGAUCGGCCUCCAAGCAGCGACACUUCAAGCAGGUCAACCGUGACCAGGCCAAGAAGUUUACGCGUUAGAUUUAAGAUUUAGGUAGAGAUACGAUUGCACAUUGUAAAUCUGCUUCUUUAAUUCAGUGUGUAUACAUAUAUAGGCAAAAGAUAUAAAACUAAAUGUUUCCAUUUCA